GAUACUUAACAUUUAUAGUUGGUGGUAUUAAACGAAUCAAAUAUGAUCAUGAACAUGAAGUAUAAGUGUGACCUUUACUCUGAGCGGCGAUAAGAGUUAAUGAAAUAGCAAACAUCGAAAAAAUGUCUCUUAGCGGAAAAACAGCUUUUAUAACUGGCGCAGGAUCUGGGAUUGGUAGAGCUGCUUGUAAAAUAUUGGCUCGCGAUGGUGCCAACAUUAUAGCAGCGGAUAUCAACGCAAAAAAUGCCAAGGAAACAGUUGACCUAAUCGAUAAGCAGGAAACGAAAAACAUAUCCAUUGCUCUUGACGUUUCUGAGUCUGCAAGUGUGAAAUCUGCUCUUGUAAAAGUUUUGGAGACUUACAGCAAGCCACCAUCUAUUAUUGUGAACUGCGCUGGCAUAACCAGAGACAAUUUUUUGCUGAACCUUUCUGAGGAGAACUUCCAACAGGUCGUGGAUGUCAAUUUGAAGGGUACUUUUUUGGUAAUCCAGACCUUCUGCAAGGCGAUGGUAGAGCAUCAAGUACCAAAAGGUACGGUUAUCAACGUUGGCAGCAUUGUUGGUAAGAACGGCAACAUAGGACAAUCCAACUAUGCAGCUAGUAAGGCAGGAGUUGAGGUUAUGACAAAGACAGCAGCUAAAGAAUUGGGCAGGGAAGGCAUAAGGGUCAAUGCCAUACUUCCAGGCUUUGUCACAACUCCGAUGACAGACCUGGUGCCAGAUAAGUUGAAGGAGGUGUUUGCUAGCAAGAUUCCUUUGUCUAGAUUUGGAACCCCAGAAGAAAUUGCUGAGGUAAUAUCUUUCCUGGCUUCUGACAAGAGUUCAUACAUCUCAGGAGCUUCAAUAGAUGUUAAUGGAGGAAUGGUAACUUGUUAAUGUGGAACAAUGUUUUUUUUUAUAUAUUUUUUUAUUUUAUAUGAAAUAUUUUUUGGUACUUAUACUUCAUGUUGUAGGUAUAUUUUGCAACAUGCUCACUAAAAAUCAGCAAAUAUAUAAGAAUUUUUUCAAUUCAA